AUGUCGGCCUUCUCUAUCGACGAAGCCAUGGCUAUUGCCUUGGAUAAUCUCAACCGCAUCUCUUGUCAUUUUCGCAAGCACGAGCAGCACACUGCUGCUAAUGAGCUGGGAAAGCUGAGUGUCCAGAUUGUUAAUGCGUUCUCCAAUGGCGUUGAUCAAUUGCCCCCUGAUCAACACGCCUUCUCUGGUCUCAUCACCCAAAUCGAGAGAAUAAACAAGGAAAAUGUAACCAGCCAUGCCGGCAUACUGCAACAGAUCUCUUGUUCCGAUGAAAAGGCUUCUCAGCAGCCUGAAAGCUGGGCCCAGGUCGCCAGCACGAGUGCUACCUCGGUCUCGGGCCUUCAGACCUAUUGUCCCGAGCCAUCUCACUACAUGACUCCCCAGUCUCUGACCUCGGCCUCCGUGUCCAGACAUAGCCAGAAUAGUGACGACGAUGGCAGUGAUCCUCAACUCCCGAGCCUGUCUGGGGUUGCCCUUCCUUCAGCUACCGAAGCGCCUGAAAUCCCAGAGGCCAAGGCAGGGGUUAUCCGUAUCUACGGAAGAAUUUCUAAGGAUCUUAUUCAGUUCAUCACCACCCGUAUCCACGAAGGUCCGCUGCAGGACGUUCGCCUGGAGACCAACGGAAGAACACGGGUGACCUUCCAGCAUGCGUCUCACGCGCUUGCAUUUUUGAAGUCCAAUCAGGAAAUGGAGCAUAUGCUCGGCUUUGGCCGUUUUGGAUGCGGCUAUCACGUUGAAUUGGCCGAGGUCCUUGAUUGGAACGAGGAUCUCCGUCGCAUGAACCAACCGAUCCGCGAGCGUCGCCGUCUUUCCUUUGCCAGAAAGAGACUUUUUGCCGAGAAUAUGUCGCCUGAGAAAUGGAAGCAGGACGUCCGCACUUUGGCCGGACCCGGCAACAUUGACUUCCUUUGGGUCUUCAAUUCUGGAAACGCAACCGCCAUCUUCACGAGCACCGUCGUUGCUCGUAAGGUGCUGGAGGUGUUCAACAGAUGGAAGGAUGGCCGUAAUGUCUAUAGUGGGGUUUCCGUGACCUUUUCCUCGGACCCCUGCGAGAAGGAGCUGGUCCUCGUCAAGGAGACCUCUCGUCCCGGUCUCGCCAAGGGCUACGUGAAGAGAUCCAUGAGGUGA